AUGGGAAUUACAACUGGCCUACCCCACACUCCGAGCCAAAAACCUGAGGGCUCCACAGAGAAGGGCCACCACCCGAGCUCCCCCCGCACAUCCAGCCAAAAACCUGAGAGAAGGGCCACCACCCGAGUUCCCCCCGCACAUCCAGCCAAAAACCUGAGGGCUCCACAGAGAAGGGCCACCACCCGAGCUCCCCCCACACAUCCAACCAAAAACCUGAGGGCUCCACAGAGAAGGGCCACCACCCGAGCUCCCCCCGCACAUCCAGCCAAAAACCUGAGGGCUCCACAGAGAAGGGCCACCACCCGAGCUCCCCCCACACAUCCAACCAAAAACCUGAGGGCUCCACAGAGAAGGGCCACCACCCGAGCUCCCCCCGCACAUCCAGCCAAAAACCUGAGGGCUCCACAGAGAAGGGCCACCACCCGAGCUCCCCCCACACAUCCAACCAAAAACCUGAGGGCUCCACAGAGAAGGGUCACCACCCGAGCUCCCCCUGCACAUCCAGCCAAAAACCUGAGGGCUCCACAGAGAAGGGGCCACCACCCGAGUUCCCCCCGCACAUCCAGCCAAAAACCUGAGGCCUCCACAGAGAAGGGCCACCACCCGAGCUCCCCCUGCACAUCCAACCAAAAACCUGAGGGCUCCACAGAGAAGGGCCACCACCCGAGCUCCCCCCACACAUCCAACCAAAAACCUGAGGGCUCCACAGAGAAGGGCCACCACCCGAGCUCCCCCUGCACGUCCAACCAAAAACCUGAGGGCUCCACAGAGAAGGGGCACCACCCGAGCUCCCCCUGCACGUCCAACCAAAAACCUGAGGGCUCCACAGAGAAGGGCCACCACCCGAGCUCCCCUCACACAUCCAACCAAAAACCUGAGGGCUCCACAGAGAAGGGCCACCACCCGAGCUCCCCCCACACAUCCAACCAAAAACCUGAGGGCUCCACAGAGAAGGGCCACCACCCGAGCUCCCCCCACACAUCCAACCAAAAACCUGAGGGCUCCACAGAGAAGGGUCACCACCCGAGCUCCCCCCGCACAUCCAGCCAAAAACCUGAGGGCUCCACAGAGAAGGGCCACCACCCGAGCUCCCCCCGCACAUCCAGCCAAAAACCUGAGAGAAGGGCCACCACCCGAGCUCCCCCCGCACAUCCAGCCAAAAACCUGAGGGGCCACCACCCGAGUUCCCCCCGCACAUCCAGCCAAAAACCUGAGGGCUCCACAGAGAAGGGCCACCACCCGAGCUCCCCCCACACAUGCAACCAAAAACCUGAGGGCUCCACAGAGAAGGGUCACCACCCGAGCUCCCCCCGCACAUCCAGCCAAAAACCUGAGGGCUCCACAGAGAAGGGCCACCACCCGAGCUCCCCCCGCACAUCCAGCCAAAAACCUGAGGGCUCCACAGAGAAGGGUCACCACCCGAGCUCCCCCCGCACAUCCAGCCAAAAACCUGAGGGCUCCACAGAGAAGGGCCACCACCCGAGCUCCCCCCGCACAUCCAGCCAAAAACCUGAGGGCUCCACAGAGAAGGGCCACCACCCGAGCUCCCCCCGCACAUCCAGCCAAAAACCUGAGGGCUCCACAGAGAAGGGCCACCACCCGAGCUCCCCCCGCACAUCCAGCCAAAAACCUGAGGGCUCCACAGAGAAGGGCCACCACCCGAGCUCCCCCUGCACAUCCAGCCAAAAACCUGAGGGCUCCACAGAGAAGGGCCACCACCCGAGCUCCCCCCGCACAUCCAGCCAAAAACCUGAGGGCUCCACAGAGAAGGGCCACCACCCGAGCUCCCCCCGCACAUCCAGCCAAAAACCUGAGGGCUCCACAGAGAAGGGCCACCACCCGAGCUCCCCCUGCACGUCCAACCAAAAACCUGAGGGCUCCUCUGAGAAGAGGACACAAUCAGGACACAGGAGACAAACACCAAACCCUCUCAAUCCACUGGCUUCCGGGGAUGGAAACUUGAACCAAGAACUAAACAAAAAAAAAACAUUGAAAAAACAGGGAUAA